CCCCAAAUACCCUGAGUCUGAGCGAGUAGCAUAUCACCACGCUGUGUUCCUCCUGUAAGACCUCUACGGACGCCUGUUGGAGCACAGCCAAAGAUAUCACCCUCAAUGCCAUACAUUUCUACCAAUUGACAUCUAUCUGAUAGGGGAAUUAGCGAACAUAGAAGUGCCUACUGGGUGUAAGAAGACUUAGACCAUCAUACAGAAAACACCAUGACCAAGUCCAUAGUAAUUGAUUUUGACAACCCGUCUGCUGUGUUCUUCUCGGGGCAGACCAUAACAGGUCGCAUAAUUGUAUCACUGAGUAAUCCAAUAUCCUGUAGAGGAAUUGAAGUGAAAUUCAAAGGAUCUGGAAAAGUUCAUUGGAGUGAGCAAAAAACUGUUCAGAGAGAUGGCCAGAGUGAGACAGAGACAGUGCAUUAUAACAGUUCGGAGACGUACUACUCCAGGGAAUAUCGUGUAUGGGGAAAUGGUGAGAAAAACGAACUCCCACCAGGAACCCAUCAGUUCAAUUUUUCCUUCCUUCUCCCUAAUGGAAUUCCAUCUUCCUUUGAGUCAUCCACUGGCCAAGUGCGACAUUGCUGUAAGGCCAAAAUGGACAUUCCAUGGGGCAUCGACAAGAAGGCUAAAAGGCCGUAUUCAGUGAACACUCUUUUGGAUUUGAACAGAGACCCCCAGGCUCAAAUGCCAAUUGAGUACAAUGAGCACAAGUACCUUUGCUGCUUCUGGUGUAGGAGUGGGCCUCUGUCCAUGGUUGUCCGUAUUCCCCGCUCAGGCUAUGUGCCUGGCCAGAAGAUCCUGCUCAAUGCAGAGUGCUCUAACAUGACCAGGAACAAAGUCUCUUACAGCAAGGCUUCACUUAAACAGAAAGUGACAUUUUAUGCAGAGGGCCACACAAAGAGUGAUAGUCGUGUGGUUGCUGAGAUUAAGAGGGGUGAAAUAGCAGCAGGAGAAGAUGACAUUUGGUCGGGCGUGGAGAUGCUUGUCCCGGCCUUGCCACCCUCAAACUUGGAGUUCUGUAGAAUCAUUGAUAUUGAUUAUACACUGGAGUUUUAUUUGUCACCAAGUGGCUGUCAUGGAAACCUUUCCCACACAGCUCCCGUAAUCAUUGGAUCGAUUCCUCUUCAAGAGAAUUUUGGUAUAUUUACUCCAGCUCCUGGUUACUGGAACCAGCCUGCAGCACCUGGAUUUGCUCCACCAGGUAUGCCAGGUAUGCCUCCUGCACCUGGCUUUGGGGUUCCAGGGAUGCCACCUCAACCCUCAGCACCAGGGUUUGUGGAUCCAGGGAUGCCACCUCAGCCAUCUGCUCCUGGCUUUGUGGUCCCACCAGGAAUGCCAGGUCAACCAAUGGCACCUGGUUUCAUGCCUCCACCAGCCUACCCAGGAGGACAGCCUACAGCACCUCAAAUGCACUUCGUCUUCCCAGGGAUCCAGCAGUAUCCCAAUUUGCCUCCACCUUCAUACAAUGAGUGCAUGUUUGGUCACAACAAAUUCUCUGGGGAUAGCAGUGACGAGGAUGAAGGUUUUGCGCCUUGUUACAUUUCAUAUAACCUUGGUGGCUCCAGUAGUGCAGCUGGUUUGGUCACUGGUGCUUUGGCUGGAAGUAGCGCCAUGAUGAAGAGAGGAAGUCGAAGCAGCAGUUCGCGCAGCUCUCAUUCAAGUCAUGGAGAUGCAGCUCCUCUUGUUCAUAAUGAUUCAGGGUCAGACCAUGAAGUACAUGUCCAUGAACAUGUGGAAGUGCAUGAACAUCAACAUAUUCAUGUACAUGUUAAUGAUAAUGCAUCUGACCAUGAAUCACACAAGAGCAGCAGCAGUAGUAGUAGCAGCAGUGAUGAGGAGGAAGAACAUGAAGAACAAGCAGAAGAGGAGCAGCAAGAAGAACCUGAAGAACCAGAAGAAGAACCAGAGGAGGAACCAGAGGAGGAACCAGAGGAGGAACCUGAAGAGGAACCUGAAGAAGAACCAGAGGAGGAGGAGGAAGAAUAGUGUGUGAAAGAUUUUUUGAAGCGAUGGAUAGAAAGUAGAUGAUUCAAUUUUAUUUGUUGAUUUACUUUGUUAUUGAACCUUAAAAAGGGUAUAUGUUAUACCUUGUUAAUAUUUGUAUCCAGUCAUGUGCUCUAUUAUUAUGGGCUGCAUCAUUUUUGGAUAUAUGUAUGUAGGGAAACAAUACAUAAUGCUCAUGUAUUAUUUUUCAUAUUAGUGGUUCAAAAAAGGAAAGAUGCUGGGUUAGGUUAGUAGUAUAAAUACGUACAGGAUUUACAAUGAUGCAAGUACCAGAUUUCUGAUCUUUUCCUUCCUUCUCUGCUCUAAGAUUAAUAAUUAUCUACGGAUUGGUUAAGGGAGUUAACAGAAAGAGAAAAAUCAUGAUUACAGGUUACACAAGCUCAUACCCUUGGUGACCUGAACAAGUAUAAUGUAAGAUAAAAGAAGAUCAUUUGAGUUUGUCUUUGCUGCUGCAAUGGAAGGAAUGAUAUAUCUUUUUUUACCAAUAUGGUGCUAUGGUCAUCCCUUGUGCAUGACCCAUUCCAGACUUUUUAGAAAGAACCAGAUACAGCCCUAGUCAUCUCAGGAUGUUCAUAGUUGAUGGCUGUGUAAGAGAAAUAGAGGCAUUUUAUACACAGUAGCAGGCAUAUGAGGAGGGACAUACUUUUUUUUGCAGUAUGGAGGUAAAAAAAGAGCAUAGUUUUCACCAAUAUGGAGGUGAAAACUAUGGAAAAAGCAGUAGGGUUUUGUUUGCAAACACUGGACAGAGGCUCUUGAUGGAUUAUAGAAAUUCAAACCAACUCAGUGUAAGCCUGCCAUGAUUUUUAAUGGGAAAUAAAUCUGUAAGGUCCAAUUUACAGAAUGGUUAACAACCUGAUGAGUAGAUGUACAGAAAGAAUUGCUUCUUGGUUAUUCUUAAUAGUGUAUGAAUUAGAUGUGAUAAGUCAUAACUAUGUUUGAAUACAUGAGAGAGCACAUAGAGCUAGGAUGGAUUUCCAUAUAUUUUUUGCAUGAGAACAGUUUUUCCAUUCUAUACCACACUGCCAUUCUCAGCUCCUGUAAUGAAUGCAUUUUCCUCUGUUGCAGAAUCUCAAAUCAACUAUUUCUUUCCUGCUUGUAAUGAUGUUCAUCAUAUCUAAAGCCAAGUUUAUAAUUUUGCUAACUAAUAGCACACUACAUUUGUUUAUAUGUCCUGAUAUGCUCCAGAUUUUGCAUAUGAAUCAGGAGUUCUAAUAAAUAAUUGUUGUCUUGAAUCGCUCAGGUGUAUUCACUCUAUAUCUUAUAAACUUGUUAUUCUACGUCUUAUUCUUUUUUUUAUGUAAAAGCCUUAAAAAUUCUUGUUACUUUCAUGUAUGUGUUAUUUGCUUUUUAAUGGAUUUGGAAUUGGGAAUAUUUUUUGAUAACUUCAGAUUUUUAUUGGAGUUCCCUAAGUGAAUACUUAAAUCGAAAUUUAAUUACUAAUUUCUUCCUUGGACCAUGUAUACAUUUUGUAAAAAGAUGAUAAAACUAUGAAGAUGAUAGUAAUUACUUCUUAAAAUAUUUCUGUAAUUAAGUGUGACUUUUGUGAUUGUAAAUGAAAUCACUACAUUUUGAUAUUUUGAUAUACAAAGUAAGGAAUAUUUUUAGCAUUAGAUAAAGGAAGUAGGUUUACUUCAAUGCUUCUAUGGUUUUAAAACUGCAUUCAGGUUGUUUGUACAGUAUGCAGCAGCUUCAAAGAAUGCAUGGUUCAGAAUUUAUUAUGCCUUGUAUUCCAUAACCCAUUGUGCUUCUUCCUUUUUUUUUUUUUUUUUUUUUUUACAAUAGUUCAUGAUUUUGAUUGAUUGCAGAAAUUGGUAGACAAGGAAACUCCUUGUUACUUUUUUUUUCAAGUAGAGUGAUUUAUAUGCACGUUAUGCUUAUUCUAAAGCAUUUUUGUACAAUACAGUACUUCAGAUGAAUAUAUAAAUGACUAUGCAUUUACUGUAGUUGUUGCUAUACUCUUGUGGUAUAUAUUUUGGGCUGUGUGUGGGCGUAACAACCUGUGAUUAUUAGUAAAUUGACAAAGAGAUA